AUGCCCUUGAACAUCCCAGGCAUUCUUGUUCCAUUUCACCUGCUCAAAAAUCCAAGACUUGUCAUUCCCCAUGUAACAGUAAAAGAUAUUCGUCAAAUUGAUUUUUUGGCACUUCGAAAUGCAGGUUACAGAGGAGCAGUCUUUGAUAAAGACAAUUGCUUGACGAUCCCGUAUAAAGACACCCUUGUGCCACAGCUCAAGGAUGCCUGGAGGGAAUGUCGUGAGGCAUUCGGAGAGGAAAACGUAAUCAUCGUUAGCAACUCUGCUGGCACCAAAUUUGACGCCGGAGGAAUCCAGGCAGAAUCCGUGUCAUAUCACCUCUCUGUCCCGGUUCUCCGACACGACACUCUUAAGCCUGGUUAUUCCUGCAUUACUUCGAUACGCACCUACUUUUCGUCUCUUCACGUUCCAAUCCCGGACAAUGAACUGGUUAUAGUCGGAGACCGUAUAUUUACGGAUGUGACCAUGGCAAACAGAAUGUGCUCUGGCUUCCCCUCAUCUUCGAGUGAUGCACCCGCUCGUGCAAGGAUUGGCGGCCCUCUUGCCAUCUGGACGGAUGGUGUCUGGCAAAAAGAAAGCAUGAUAAUGCGAUGGGCCGAGAAGCGCUUGGUGGACGUGGUUCGAAAGUGGACGAGACACGGGGAAACGUCUUCCGUGGGUUCCGACAUAUUCGUGAGGGAACUUCCUUCCCCGGAACCUCGCAAGACUAGGAGUGCACUUACCACAUUGUUGGACUUGAUGAAACGGAGAUAGCAUGGUCGGCAACUUUUCUGCAUAUCAUAUCAUCCGCGACUUGAACGUUAGUUCAAGUUUGUUGACUGGUGGUUGGUUACAGUCGCCA